AUGGGGCGAAGUGUAAAACAAUUCGACCUGCCAAAUAUAGUGUCCCGUGAUGUAUGUAAUCACAGUUUUACCAAAGAGAUUGACGAUGAAUAUGCCAUUGUUACGCCUUUUGAAGAUUACAAUGCUGUGGCGACUCUAAACGCUAAACAAAAGAAUGCAUAUGAUAUGAUAGUGGAAUGUGUUCUCUCAAACAAACCCGGCAUCUUCUUCAUUGAUGGCCCGGGUGGAACUGGGAAAACAUAUCUAUAUCGUGCAAUACUAGCAAAGGUCAGGUCCGAAAAAAAGAUAGCUCUUGCAACUGCUUCUUCAGGAGUCGCAUCUUCGAUUUUACCUGGUGGGAGGACCGCACAUUCAAGAUUUAAAAUUCCAAUAUUAGCAAACGAGUCCGCAGUUUGUAACAUUUCAAAGCAAAGUUCAAUAGCAAAGCUAAUGCGUAAAGCAAGUGUCAUUAUUUGGGAUGAAGCACCAAUGGCUAAACGUUAUGCAAUUGAGGCAGUUGACAGGACUCUCCAAGAUCUCCUUAGUACCACGGAACCUUUUGGAGGAAAAGUAGCAGUCUUUGGUGGAGACUUUCGACAAGUAUUGCCUGUUGUACCUCGAGGGACCCGGGCUGAAACAAUUGGAGUAAGUUUGGUAGAAUCUUACUUAUGGAAGAAGAUGAAAAAGAUACAGCUGAAACAGAAUAUGAGAGCAAGAACUGAUCCUUCAUUUGCAGAUUUUCUACUACGUGUUGGCAGUGGGGAAGAACCAGUUCUGGUGGACAACAUGAUCAAGUUGCCAGACGAGAUGGUAAUAAAAUCUACAAAUGAGGAAGAUUUAGAAAAAGAAUUGAUAAAUGCCGUUUUCCCCCACCUUAUCGAAAAUGCACACUCGGCGGAAUAUAUUACAAAUCGAGCAAUUUUGGCAACCAAAAAUGAUUUCGUUGACAAAUUGAAUGAGAAUCUUAUUGAACAAUUCCCAAGCAAACCCACUACGUAUUUUAGCUUUGACAAAGCUACUGAUGAUACGGGGACCUAUUACCAAGAAGAUUUCCUUAAUUCAUUGGCUCCAAAUGGCCUCCCGCCACAUAAGUUAACGUUGAAAGUCGAUUUUCCUAUAAUGUUGCUGAGAAAUUUGGAUCCGACAAAUGGUUGUGUAAUGGUACCAGGCUCAUCUGUCGUGGAACAAAGGCCAAUGUGA